AUUCCACGCUUCGAUUGAUUAUGUCCCCCCGUGAUCCGUAAUACCGUGCCGUGCGAAACCCUAUGCUGGGCUAUCAGCUGAGGCCCAUAUUUACCGAGUUCUAUCCACCAUUUCGACUCGGAAUCCGUGGAUAUCAGAAUGACGUUUUCAAACCCCUGGGAGCGGCAGCAAUCGACCGAAUCCGUCAGCAUCAUACGACCGUCGCCUGAGAGCUACGUUACCACUUCAGUCGAUUCUGAAUCGUCCCGAAAGACGCUCCACUGCCGUACCUCCAGCACCGCUUUGCGGGUCGAUGAUUGCUCCGAGUUUUUCCCCCUUUACUCCCGGCGCGAAGCAACAGGCGAUUCCUCCACGUCAGCAGGCGAAUCUUUCACGUCAAUUCCAGCCCGUCCCCUGCGGCCUGCGUCAACCACACCUCCACCCGCCGCCUCUGCAGCAGCAACAGCUGCAGCAUCCGGAAAAAAAGAACGCCAUUUCCACCGUCGCUGCGCCAGCAGUGUUGUCACUAGCAGCAAUGUCUGCAGCGACAACAGCAGUCCGCUCAGCAGCAAGGGCAAUGCCCCAACGCACGCCCUUCCGCCCCGCAGUUUCAGCCAGCAUUUUACGGACCCGUCUGGAAGCACUGCCCGGCAGGCAUCGCCUAAUGCUUAUGUCGGGUCCACUAAAACGGGGUACGCGUUCACUGCUCCGGCUGCUGCCUGGGCUGGUGCUGGGAAUAUCAGCCCCCAGCGCAAACACAGCAGCCUGCGAUACAAUCACAACAGCCCUCAAUACAGCAGCCGCCUGCACAGCAACUGCAGCAGCCCUCAGCAUAGUCACAGCUACAGCCCUCGACAUAGCCACCGCAGUCCUGCCACUAUCAGCCGAAGCCGGUCCAACGAGUGCCUGAGGGGCCACAGCAAACAAGGGGGUGGACAAAAUGCGGCAAAAUCUGUAGCGGCGCGUUCCGGUACACACUUAAGUGGCAAGAUGGAACGGAGCCCCAGCCCCGCAGCACAAAGUUCUGGUCGGGACGCUGCAAAUUCUGCACCACAAGGCACAGCACGAGGUGGAGAUUCAGGUGGGGAUUCAGGAGGACGUUCAGGUGGUUCGCAGCACUUGUUGGGUGGGAGAUGGCCGAUUGGACCGCUGCGUGGCGACACACGUCAUAGCCGCACGUGGGUGCUCGCCGAACAGACCGCGCGCUUGUCGUUCUCCUCGUCUUCAUCACCUGCAUUAUCGGUCUCGCUCACGGCAUCUGGACGAGCAGCGCUGCAGCAGCAGCCCCAACAGCAGCAGCAGCAGGGACAGCACCAGCAGCAGCAACAGCAACAGCAGUUGCAACAACAACAGCAACAGCAGCAGCAGCAAAGGCUUCCAUCUAUCACACCCCUAAUCGUCCCCUCCCGUGCCUUGGGGACUGCCCGCCUGCCGGCCCCAUCAGCUGCCAGCACACCAUCGCCACGUGUCAUUCCAAAGAGAAGCCCACGUGUACGCCCUCCCGCCAGGAGCAGCUCGAACGGCUUCCACUUCCCCCCCUCCGGCACUCACAGCAGAAGCAUGCCUUUCCCCCAAUCCCCUGCUUCCUUGGGCCAGUCCGUGCCCUCCCCUUCCUUCUCAUUCCACUCUCCCCCAUCAGUACACUCCACCCUCUCAACUGGACAGUUCCAUAGGCGGGUGGGUUCGGGGCAGGAGGGUUCGGUCUCCCUGCGCUGGCACGAGCCCUGGUCGCCCUGUUGUGACGUCUCUGUGGCCUCUGUGCCGUCCCCGGCGUCUUGUUUUGAGCUGCCUCACACCUGGUCGUCGCGCUGGGAUGCCGCUGUGACUUCCGUGGCGUCUGCAGCUCCGUCGCCUGUGUCUGAGCCUGGGUGGUCGGCGAGAUGGUCUGGUAGGAGUUUUCGCACAGAGCAGCAGCAGGAGCAGCACCAGCAGCAGCAGAAACAGCAGCAGGAGCAGCACCAGCAUCAGCAGAAACAGCACCAGCAGCAGCAGCAGCAGAAACAGCACCAGCAGCAGCAGAAACAGCAGCAGGAGUGCCGAGCGGAGCUGAUGGAAGGUGAGGAUGACGACGCUGACGACUCAGACGAUGAUUUCAUCGGGCUUUACAGCACAGUUGGGCCUCAGCAGCAGCAGCAGCAGCAGCAGCAGCAGCAGCAGCAGCAGCAGCAGCAGCAGCAGCAGCAGCAGCAGCAGCACGAGCAGAAGGGGCGGCGAAGGAAGCCAAUGGAAGGUCAAGCGGACGAAUCUGACAACUCAGACGAUGAUUUCAUCGGGCUCUAUGGCGCUGUCAUGCGCAGCCGCGCUGCCACCCGGGCGACGGGCAACAAGGGCAAGUGCUAUAAUGGUGCACUGGCCACCUCCAAACCACUGAGUCCCCGUGCAGCUGCCCCACCUGCCGUUUCCCCUGCUGCGCCUGCUGCUGCGCCUGCUGAUGUGCCUGCUGCUGCGCCUGCUGCUGUGCCUGCUGCUGUGCCUGCUGCUGCGCCUGCUGCUGUGGCUGCUGCCGUGCCUGCUGCUGCCCCUACUGCUGCUCCUCUUCCUGCUGUCCAGACUAUGAAUCUGUUUGGCAAUGGCAAGGGAAGUAACAGUCAGAGUCGCGGAUCCAGGAGCCAUGAGGUCAGGAGCGCGAAGAGUGACGGGGAUGGGAAAAGGAGGGAGGCACAAGGGGAAGAGAGGAAGGAGGGGAUCGUGGAAGAGAGGAAGAAAGAGAUGAAGGAGAAGAGGAAUUCCACUGGUAGCAAGCAUACCAGCAACAGCCGGGGCGGCAUGGGCAUCAGGCGGAGCUUAACCUUAAGCAGCAGCUUCGGGCGCAGCAGCUUCAAAAGCAGCCCUAGUGGUCGGUGGAACAGACAGCUACAGAGAAGCAACAGCAGCGCCAACAGCAGCAGCAAGGGCAGCCGACAGGAACGGCGGGCAGAUGAAAGAGUGGGGUGGAAACGGGCUACAAUGGCUCAUGAGCGUAAGAGGGAGAAGGGGAGUGGGAACGGGGGUGAGACAGGAGCGAGGAAAGAGGAUGGGGGCGAGCGUGCCUGGAGGAGGAGCAGUAGCUUCAGCCUGAGCAGCAUUGCCAGCAGCAUCAGCAGCGGUUUCCCCUGGUACUCAACUGAUAGCAGCAGCGCUGUAAUGCGUGGCAGCGCUACCAGCAGAGGUACCAGCACAAGUAACAGCAGCCGAUCCAUCAGCAAGAAUGGUGGGAACGCCAGCUGCAGCCGUGGGCGUACUGCAGAGAACAGCAGGGAGCAGAAGAGUGGGUGUAGAUUUCUUAAAGUGUGUGAGGAGGAUUCUGACACAGAGCAGUGUUACAGAGAGGAGGGAGUGAGGCGGGGCAGCUGCCAGCCCCGCUGCCCCUGGGAAGCAGAGGGCGUCUCGUGCCCUUUCCUGGAAGCUUCUGAUGGGUCGGAGGAGAGGGUGCAUGGUGGCAUGGCCAUGCAUAGUGAAGCACAGUCUGCACACGGUACUCGUUAUCAGCACCACCAGCAGCAGCAGCAGGAGCAGCAGGAGCAGCAGGAGCAGCAGCAGCAGCAGCAGGAGCAGCAGCAGCAGCAGCAGGAGCAGCAGCAGCAGCAGCAGCAGCAGGAGCAGCAGCAGCAGCAGCAGCAGCAGGAGCAGCAGCAGCAGCAGCAGCAGCAGCAGCAGCAGCAACAGCAGCAACAGCAGCAGGAUGUGGAUCCAAGGUACGAGCAUCCACGUAAGCAUGGGCAUGGGCAUGAUUGGCAUGCACCCACGGAUGGGUCUGCCUUAAAGCAGCCAUACCGAUUCCUCAAGAGGCGGUUCAUCCAGAGUGCGGCAAAGAGGGUGUCGUUCAGCAUUAGGGUGGACCACAUACCCUGAUGCUGGCAUAAGGGUGGACCACAUACCCUGAUGCUGGCUGCAAGUUGGCAACCUUAGCCAGUGGAACUUGCUCACAAGAGGACUUACUCUGAUGGUGCCCAUAGGAUAGGAUGAGGUUUCCAUUUGUUAUACCUGUAAGAUUUAAGGGGGGAGACAAAAGAACCCCAUGUAGAGAUGGAUUCAGA